AUGGCCAUCGCGCACCUGGCCACGGAGUACGUGUUCUCCGACUUCUUGCUGAAGGAGCCCGCAGAGCCCAAGUUCAAGGGGCUGCGGCUGGAGCUGGCCGUGGACAAGAUGGUCACAUGCAUCGCCGUGGGGUUGCCUCUGCUGCUCAUCUCGCUGGCCUUCGCUCAGGAGAUCUCCAUCGGUACACAAAUAAGCUGUUUCUCCCCGAGUUCUUUCUCCUGGCGACAGGCUGCCUUCGUGGAUUCUUACUGCUGGGCUGCCGUUCAGCAGAAGGACUCCCUGCAGAGUGAUUCUGGAAACCUGCCAUUGUGGCUGCAUAAGUUUUUCCCUUACAUCCUGUUACUAUUCGCAAUCCUGUUGUACCUGCCCCACCUGUUUUGGCGUUUUGCAGCUGCUCCUCAUCUUUGCUCAGACUUGAAGUUUAUCAUGGAAGAACUUGACAAAGUUUACAACCGUGCAAUCAAGGCUGCAAAGAGCGCGCGUGACCUUGACCUGAGAGAUGGUGCCUGCUCAGUUCCGGGUGUUAAUGAGAACGUAGGGCAAAGUUUGUGGGAGAUAUCUGAAAGCCACUUUAAGUACCCAAUUGUGGAGCAGUAUUUGAAGACAAAAAAAAUCUCUAAUAAUUUAAUUGUCAAGUACAUUAGCUGCCGGCUUCUAAUUCUCACGAUUCUCCUGUUGGCAUGUGUCUACCUGGGCUAUUACUUCAGCCUCUCUUCACUCUCAGACGAGUUUGUCUGCAGCAUCAAAUCAGGGAUCCUGAAAAACGAGAGCACCAUUCCUGAUCAGUUUCAGUGCAAACUCAUUGCAGUCGGAAUUUUCCAGUUGCUCAGCUUCAUUAACCUCGUGGUUUAUGUCCUGCUGGUCCCUGUGGUUAUCUACACACUGUUUGUCCCAUCCCGACAGAAGACAGAUGUUCUCCAAGUCUAUGAAAUCCUGCCCACUUUUGAUGUUCUGCAUUUCAAGUCGGAAGAGUACAAUGACUUGAGCCUCUACAAUCUUUUCUUGGAGGAGAAUAUAAGUGAACUCAAGUCAUACAAGUGUCUUAAGGUACUGGAGAAUAUUAAAAGCAGUGGCCAGGGGAUUGACCCAAUGCUACUCCUGACUAACCUUGGCAUGAUCAAGAUGGAUAUUGUUGAUGGCAAAACUCCCAUGUCUGCAGAGAAGAUGGGAGCAGAGCAGGGGAGCCGGAUGACAGAGCUCAAAGAUUUGAAUGUACCCAGUGAAACUAAAGCAAAUAACGGGGAGAAGAAUGCUCGACAGAGACUUCUGGAUCCUUCUUGUUGAUGGAUCCUUUUUUCUUGAACAUCGGAUCUGUGACUUCUGUGAUGUGGGAUUCAUUCUGGCUAAAGCAUCCCUGUUGGGUUCACAGCUGGUUUGCAGUAAAUGGUUCUUGGUAGAGAUAUUGAGCCUCUCUUAUUGAGUCCCUAAUGAAAAUGAUGGUCAAUAAAAUGUUAUGGAAGAAUGGUUUAUGAACUUCCUACAAGAAGCAACGUGGAGAUAAGUAAACUGCAGCAAGUAUAUAUAUGCAGGUCCUCAUCGUGUGAAAAGUAGAAAGAUUGGUAAGAGUAGUCAAGAGUUGUAGCCCUUCUAAAGAACCUCGGAGAAACACUUUGCUGUACCCAUCAUGCGACGAGACCUAGAGCUACUGGAAAGCAAGCACUUUGGGAUAUUUUUUUUGUUUUGUGAAAUAAUAAUAAACAUGCCAGGAUGUAAUUUAAUAUGAACCUCUUCUGUGCCCUUCAUGACUGUUGGAUGAGAAAAACAUUCUCUGUCUAGCCGUGGACCCAUAGGUGGACCUGUUCUUGGCAGUGUCCUAAAUUGGGUGUAAAUCUGGUGCCUUGGCUCUUGUACACUAAUGCUAUCUUUACAGUGUUACUUGCCAACCUUGGCUGAUUGAAAUCCUCUAACCACUAUGUGUUGCACUGUGCUCAAGGGCAGCAGGCCCAAGCCAUGCUCUGACAGAAAACUCAAUUAACGAGUUAGAAUGUAAAGGAUAGUAGGUUUAGACCAGGGUGACUUCAGGAGAGAAUGCUUCAAAAGAACCCAGUGGGGAAAUCUGAACUCACAGAGCUUAAUUCAGUCACUCUAAAAGAGGUUGUCUACAGGGUGUUCCUGUUAUCAAAGGCACUUGAAACAGGAUUUUUACUUAUACAAAUUAACAGAACAGAGGAAUGUUUAAAGUGAGGGACACAUUGCCUAAAAUGAUCAGAGUGCAUAAAUGACAUUUACCAUAUGAUGAACUUGGAGCCAGAACAACUUAGCGUUUAUUUUGUUUAUAUUUAAUCAUAUCUACUAAAAAUUCAUUUUCAUUUAUACAGUGUCAGAAUCAAGACUUUUAGGGAGGAACAUUCUAAAAUUGGCGAAUUAUAGAAUAAAUAUUACAAAUGUAUGGAUAAGA